GAAGUGGUUGGUGAACUGGAAGUUCUUUCAUUUUAGAUGAAGAUCGAACAUUGUUUUCUUCUUGUUUUUAUAAUAAUUGUUUUGGCGCUAGGUUAUGGAUCAGAACCAGAAUCUGGUAGUUUACCCGGGCCUGUCCGACCCUCUGAGCCUGUAGAGACACGUCAAAUGACCACCAGCAGAAGUUAGCAUGUAGUUAGCCACCGCGUUUAAACCGAGCAGAUGUAGGCUAGCAGUUAGCGUCACCAUAUUUAUCCACCACAUUUCUCCUCCUCUGACCGUUUUCAGGGAGAAGAAAAUAACCAAAAGGCGUUAAAGGGCUCAUCACCUGGAGCAUAAUAUAACUGAAGCUGCUUGCUGUCACCCCACCCAUCACCUUUGGCCCCUACAAUGACGUCACAACAAGCCCAGCUCCGGAGUGCUGAUAUUUCUUCUCGUCUUGCUCAUAACCCAUCUGCUCAGCAAGAUCACCUUCAGUUUCAGCCUGUUGGGGUGGACUCGGGUCAGAGUGGUGCAAAUUCUGGACCGGUUGGGCCCAGAGCGAUGAUACCUAGGCCAGGGUGUCCCAGUGUUGUCACCAUCGGUGGGGAGGGGUCCCACAGGAACAUUUCUACUCACGCCAAUAACUUCCCCAGAAGAAAUGGGGGCUUUGAUCCAUGGCCUGAGGAAGAAGCAUUGAACUCCCAUAAUCUGUAUUCACUUCAUCGCAUGUUUGACAUCGUUGGUGCCCAUCUAACUCACAGGGAUGUCAGGGUGCUGUCCUUCUUAUUUGUUGACGUGAUCGAUGAGUAUGAGCGUGGAGGCAUCAGGAGUGGAAGAGACUUCUUGCUCGCCCUGGAACGUCAGGGCCGCUGUGAUGAGACCAAUUUCCGACACGUUCUCCAACUUCUGAGAAUAAUCACCCGCCACGACCUCUUGCCUUAUGUCACCCUAAGGAAACGGCAGGCUGUUUGUCCAGAUCCUGUUGACAAGUUCCUUGAAGACACAUCUGUGCGCUACGUUUCACCAAGAGGAACUGAACAGUCCAAGAACCCUGACUCUCACAGGAGAACAGGGCCACACCCCGUCUUUUGCUGUUCCUCAUCAGGACCACGUGUAGGUUCUUCUCGAUCAAAACCCGCUGCUCCUGCAUCACACCGCAAGAGGACCCGAAGUCACUUCUCAGCUGACUGCAAAGAAAAGCAAACCUGUGAUAUCCGUCUCCGGGUUCGUGCAGAAUACUGUCAGCACGAGUCUGCACUUCAGGGCAACGUCUUCUCGAACAAGCAGGAGCCUGUGGAGCGACAGUUUGAACGCUUCAAUCAGGCUAACACCAUUCUGAAGUCCAGAGACUUGGGUUCUAUUAUCUGUGACAUCAAGUUCUCCGAGCUCACCUACUUGGAUGCCUUCUGGAGGGACUACAUCAACGGGUCACUGCUUGAGGCCCUGAAAGGGGUCUUUAUUACAGAUUCCUUGAAGCAAGCUGUGGGCCACGAGGCCAUAAAACUGCUGGUUAAUGUUGAUGAGGAGGACUACCUGGCUGGUCGCCGCAAACUCCUCUGCAAUCUGGUAACUGGCGGAGAGAGUCCACAAGUGGGGACCAGUGACGGGGUGUCGUAGGUGUGUUCUACUGACGGGCGCAACACUGGUACUUCUGCUGAUGUGUGAUUUGAUCAUCUGACAUGAGCUUGAAGGACCUGAAGAACUUCAAUCAAAGCCAAAAACUUCUACAGAGCUAAUCUCACUGGAUCGGCACCACAAAGCAUCACAUACCAGGAAAUCUCAAGUUACCAGAAACAUUGGUGAUGCCUACUGCUGUUACUCUAAGUAGUGAGGACUUUAAUUUUAUUCACAUGCACAUUAAAUUUAACCUGUUUCGUGUUUAUAAACUGAUAAGUCUUCCGCUCUGAUCUGCAGAGAGGAACCUGUUUAAAUACCAGUAAUCAGUUCUUCCCAGUGAGAAGGGAACUUUGUUGUCAAACUGGUUCAUCUGAUUUUAUUUUCCAACGUUCAGACUGGUAGUUUUACUCUGACUGUUUUAUCCAGCUGUAGUGUUUUAUUACUGCACACCAUUAAUGAUUUAUUUUUCAGUUAGCUUAUUUUUGUCCUUUCUAUAUCAUUCCUUGUUUUAAGCAGAUGUGAUUCUUAGUUUAAAUCAAUUCAGUUGUUCAAAACUGCUCCAAAUUAAUCUAAUGAAUCAAAUUUAAUACCACUGCGUCCCCGAUUGAAAUAAUACAACCCACUCCUCUUACUGGCGUUCAUUCUUCCACUGCUGAUGAUUUGAAAAUGUAAAAUCUUUUACAUGCAUCUUGUAAAUAAAUGUAAAAUGACGCUCUACAAAUAAACAGCGAAGAAAUCUCAGCUUUCUUGUGAUAUGUACGGUGCAUACAUACAGUAUGUAGGGUGCCAGAGUACAUUUGUAUAGGUAUUUUACCCUAACGUUAUCAGGAUUAUCAUUUGAGAACCAUCAAACCUCUGUGGAUUCAUUAUGUGGCCAUUGGGCGGUAGAUGUUUUCUUUUUCGUUUGAGUUCUUGACCUUGUUAUGAAAGUUAAUAGAUGGCUCAGAUUAAUGAAAGAAUUCUUGUUCACAAUUCAUUAAAAUUUUGAAAUGGAUUUAAAAUUCGAAAAUGUUCAUGUACAUCUUAUCAGUUGUUCACCUGCAUAAACUGUUCAUUGUUUGUGGAGCACGUCGUGAUGAUGAUCAUGUUUGUUACGUCCUCAUGAUGUGUCAACAGCUAGCACACUCUACCAGCUCUGUUUUCACCUAAACUGUAUGUGAAUAUGGCUAUUAACGCUGCUCUCACAUGUAUUUUUCUGUCUCUGUUGUAAUAAAAAAGAAGUCCAAAAUCGGGAAAAGGUUGACUUAACAGUUUUUAAGUUAUU